GGAGGCUGCCGUGGGGGCCGGCUUGGAGUGGGAUUCGGCCCACGGCGCUGACCGAGUGCUGGACCGGCGGUCGUCGGGCACCCAGGUCUGCGCGCACCGCUGCUCCGGGUCACUCGGCCGAGGCGCUGGCCACGGGAGACCUCAGGGAGGGCUCGGGCUGCCGGGCCGGGCGCCAUGUCCAUGGAGGACCCCUUCUUUGUGGUGAAAGGAGAGGUACAGAAAGCAGUCAACACUGCCCAAGGAUUGUUUCAGAGAUGGACGGAGCUCCUUCAGGGCCCCUCUGCAGCAACAAGGGAGGAAAUCGACUGGACCACCAACGAGCUGAGGAACAACCUCCGCAGCAUAGAGUGGGAUCUAGAGGACCUCGAUGAGACCAUCAGCAUAGUUGAAGCAAAUCCUAGAAAAUUCAACCUGGAUGCAACUGAGUUGAGCAUAAGGAAAGCCUUCAUCACAAGUACUCGGCAAAUUGUCAGGGACAUGAAGGAUCAGAUGUCAGCUUCAUCCGUGCAGGCAUUGACUGAAAGGAAAAACAGACAGGCACUGCUAGGAGACAGCAGCAGCCAGAACUGGAAUACUGGAGUGACGGAUCGAUAUGGGCGCCUUGAUCGAGAGCUGCAGCUAGCCAACUCCCAUUUCAUUGAGGAGCAGCAGGCACAGCAGCAGCUGAUUGUGGAACAGCAGGAUGAGCAGUUGGAGCUGGUCUCUGGCAGCAUCGGGGUGCUGAAGAACAUGUCCCAGCGCAUUGGAGGGGAGCUGGAGGAACAGGCAGUCAUGCUGGAUGACUUCUCUCAUGAGUUGGAGAGCACUCAGUCUCGACUGGACAAUGUGAUGAAGAAGCUUGCAAAAGUGUCUCACAUGACCAGUGAUCGGCGCCAGUGGUGUGCCAUAGCCAUCCUCUUCGCAGUCCUGCUGGUCGUGCUGAUCCUCUUCCUGGUGCUGUGAUGUCGGCCCUCCUCAGGCCCUUCUGCACACGGACUCGGGAGAGGAGAAGCAAGCACUCGGCCACUUACCUUCCUCUCCCAGAAACACGCCACUGCCUGCUUCCUCCGUGUGACUCCGCCACUGAGACAGCUGUCUCUCCCAGCGCUGGAAGGACAAGGUUGGAAGAGGAAAGAGGUCACCACACCUCAGCUGGAGAGCAGAAGUCCCGGCUGCCCAUUUUUUCUGAGGACAGCCAGCCACUGCUUUGCCUUACUGGACCUCUCUCCUUGAGGAAGACUCAGAGUCAUCAGAAGAAAUAACUCUGUUGCUUAUUCUGUUGGUCUCUGGCAGCCCCUUCCCUCUGCUCAGAUCCUUUCCCUGCUUAGAUGGGCGCUGUUGUCCCUUCAAAGGAAACCUGGCAGGAAUGGGGCAUUUGGGGAGGACUUUUCCUACUGGGUUGUAUUUCUUAGUCCCCCAGGAGCUGGCUUUGGAGGAGGACAGAAGGCUCAGAAACACUUCAUGACAGAAAUGCAGUGUUUCAUUUUGCUGGGUAAGAGCUGAGAUUAAAUUCCUUUCCCAGGUGUGCUCAUGGCAGGGCUAAGCCACAGGAAACAGUGAGAUCCCUGGGGGCUUGGGAGUGCUGACGACAAAUGGCUUUAAUGGACAGGAGCAGUUGAGCACAACAGCACCUGUGUUGGUCCAACUUAAUGAAGAGCUGGUGAUGUCUCCAGAAGCCGGGCCAGACCUGCUGACUGUCUGUCCCGGGGCUUUCUCCCCCAGAGGUACAGCUGCAUUCUUAGAGUGCCCCUCCAUACAGCGUUGGACAGCAUAGCAGCACUGAGUUGGGUGGGACAACGCCUUCUCCUCUGGUGCCUUUAUUCUGAUGGCAGUCCGAGUGAGGUGGAGGGUCAGACAUUUAUUGCAGUUAUGCAGAAACUGUCCUGACGUACACAGGCUGGUUCAGAGCUAGACAUCCCUUACUCUGUAAUAGCUCGGGUGGGUAAGAGAAUUUAAUUCCUUGUUCUCUGAGGAGAUGACGCCUCGACUCCAUCAUGCAUUUGAGUAACUGGCAGAUGGUCUGUUGGGUUAAAGUAGCUGAGAGCCGCUGACACUAAACUUCAGGCUUCAGGUGACUUUUUAGAUGCUUCGAUGUGCUCACAUCCAGAGGAUUUUUUAUAAUGUCCCUGAUGCAUAACCUGGUAUUACAGCAGCUGUCAGGCCCAGGGCUGGUCCUUCACAAAGGAGGCUGCCGCUGUUCCAUUGUCUUCUGUGCUGGGAAGAGCAACAGCUGGACAGAGUUUGACCUUUGACCUCCCUUGCUUUGCCUUUCUGUGCAUUCCUUAGCACGCCAACUUAAAAAAAGAAAUCCUGGGUUGUUCAUAUUCCUUGGGAUUUUGAUUUAGGAUCCCCUUUUUUGUUUUGUUUCCCAAUGAUGUGCUUGCCCAGCUAACUUUUAAAUUGCACUUUUAAAUAAAUAUUUGUAACAAUUUUUAAAAGAAGGAUAUUUUAUCUCAUUUAGGAUCACGAUAAGGAAACCUACCUGUUGGUGAAAGCUAAAAGUUGUAAAACCAAAAGUGUCGUCGGCACCACGUUUACAUUCAACUCUGGUGUUUGAUACAGAGAUGUUUUUUCUUUUCAGAUUAGAGAAAAAUGUGAAUAUUGCAAAGGGCUUCAAUGUAGGGUCUGUGUUAUUUAUGUUUCACGGAAUUUUAACGUUUUGAAUAGUCUUCUGUGAACUUAGGCCAUGGAUAGUCCUUAGAUUUGCAUUAAAAUAUAGAAGCCUUUUGUUAAAAAUCAAUGUGGGCCUUGUCUGAGUACUGUAACCCACACUCCACAUUACACAGCCGUGAGCAGUCAAAGAAUUAGAAUUACCCUAGUUAAAGCCAUGCUCUUCUGCUGUUAGAAGAGUGUCAGUCUGACCCCUUCAGAAAUGCCCACUACUUUAGUAAGAUCGGUUUAGGGAGGAAGUUUGUGACCCUGGGCUUAAUUGUAUUGGAUCUAUUUUUGAAUUGGUGUGUUGACCUCACUGAUUUACUUGUUGAACAGUGUUGUAGACCUGAAACAGGCUGGACUGUGUGUGCAGUGUGUACAGAGGAAGUCAACUUCAUAUGCAGGUGUCCCUCCCUGGGCCACAUCGUCCUCAGCAGCUGGCUUAGCCCAGGCCCAUCCUUUUGUGCCUGGGCAGCCGCUACAGAGCAAGGGCUCCUUUGAAAUUGUGGCCGAGAGAACAGGACAUGACUUUCUUCCUCAGUGACCUAGAGAGCUGAAGGGUUUCUUCUACCAUGUGUCCUAGAACAGGGAGGGGGCAGCAGGGUGCCCCGCCCUGCUCGCAGGGCAGAGUCUCUUGCAGAUCCCCGCCCCCUCCCGCCUUCUGCACUGUCUCAAAUCCGUCACGAUUAGAGAACUGGCAGAACAUGCUGGAUAACAGAAAGCUCAGCGUGCUUACUGGAAGAACACUUUACUUAACUGUUUGGGGGUGAGAUGGAGGAUGAUCCAUUGAGGGAGUUUGCCAGAGUGCAGAUCCAACCGGAAAACCAAAUUACCUUUAGUUUUCAGCCUACAUUUUGGGUCUUGUCUUUGUUUGGGCUGGGAAAUCCCAAUGCUCUGCAUGCAUGCUCUGGACGGUGAGGCAAAGGGAAUUGUCAUGUAUGCCUGAGCCCUCGCCUUGCAUUUUCUUCAAUUUCAGAAUUCAAGCUAGAGCUGAAGCAGGGAAAUUUGGUAACUUGCCCAUUAUUCUCUGCUUUUAGCCAGAGUUAAACAGACUGAUGGGUCUGCUAGCCAACAACUUGGCAACUCCCAUGCCUUCUCACCUCGUGCGAGUAAGGGCUGUGAAGAGAAAUCCAGUCCGACUCCAGCAGGAGUCUGUCUCUGUUAGUGCUGUACCUUCUGUACAGAAAGGUGCUGCGGCCAGGGUUUUCCUUGUGAUAAUUUCUCUGCCCACAGAGUGAGACCAGAGCGGCAUUCACAGCAUCCGCACAUCCGAAGCUCAAGGGAGGGAGGCGGUCACCGCUAUGGAAGCGAUUUGGUUUGGCUUCACCUUACCCACAAAGUGAGUUUGUAAACACAGCAGACGUGAAGGGUCUGGAAAGCGAGUUGUAAAAUGUGGAGCGCAGCACCGUCUCCCUCUGCCUCUCUCUCACUCACAGCCUUCCCGCCCAAACUUGUAGGAACGAUGGGGUUCUUUGUCCAUUAAAAGUAGAGAAAAGGCAAAACUGGAAUUCCCAACUGUAUCAGCUCCCCAUCACUGUGCCCGCCUCCCACUGUCAGUUCCUGAAGGGAAGACUCCUCAGCACGAGGUCUUACUAGGCCUCUGGAGACCCACCACAGAGUCCUCCCUGGACCUUCGCUUCUGAGAGGCCUGGUAAGGCAGAAGGGGUCCAUCUGAAAUGUCCAGCUGCCUGUACUCAACUCCUAACCUUCAGAAGCCAUGUAACCCUGAGCAUGGCCUCACUCUUGAGAGUGCAGCAAUGGGGGCUGGUGAGGUGGGAAAGGCAUCUGCUGCCAAGCCAGGUGACCCGCUUUGGUCCCCAGCUCCCACAACUCCUCUGACCUCUACAUUCAUGCUGUAUUGUGGGUGCGUGCACGCACACGGAUAAAUAUAUAAACGCACAUUUUUUAAAGAAAAAAAAGGAUGACAUUGGUCUGUUGUAUAUAAACGUGGAUGCCACUGUCACCCGCUUUACUAAAGCUUACUGGUUUUAAAGCCAGAAAAGUGUGAGUUUGAAGUGAAACAGCGCCUGUGACCUGAGCAGCAGGGCUGUGACCCAGGCCAGGAACAAAGCUGUGAAAGGCUCACUUCUGCACCCCUGUCAGUGACUCGGCGAGACCAGAGGCAGAGCGCCCGCCGGCAGGAGGUGAAUAGCCACUGCAGGCAGAGCUUAGCCACUGGGAGCCCACAUACUUCUGGGACAAGUCAAGACACUUGCAGCUGGCCCUGGUAUUCAGCUCCUCACCGUGGUGUGUUUGCCUUGGGACACACUCUGGAGCUCCGAGAGUUGCACAGUGCCUGUUCAGGUGGCUGCUGCCUGGCUGCAUUCGAAGGUUCUCCAUGUUACAUCCUGUCAAGUCAGCUGUCAGGGCAGGGUGAGAAAGGAAGAGAAAAAGCUCGUGUGUGUGUGUGUGUGUGUGUGUGUGUGUGUGUGUGUGCUAUCAGCUAACAUGUUGGUGCUAUUUUUCUUCUGACCUUAAUCCAGAAAUGCUCUUCCCCUGGCUGUGCAACUAGCUGCUCAGGCAGCGCCUGCCCCACUGCUGGGGUUCACAUGACCAUUUUAUGGACCUGGGUUUGCCAAGUGUAGCCAGAGCUUUAUGAGAAAGUGUAUUUUACAGUUUGCUUUCUUAUGGUUAUGAGUUAUCUACCGGAAGGCCACUUGGUCCUCGGGGGCUGUUAGAAGUAAGACGGCCCAGCUUCAUUGUUUGCUGACCAGAUAUCUGGGCCCUUCCCCCUUGCCUUGCUGGAAGCCCAACCCCCUGUUCCGUCUGAGCUUUCGUGAGCCCUGGGGUGGGACCAAGAUCAGGCUUUUUAUUCCACCUCAGCAGAAUGUAGAUUCAGCUGGGAUCAAUUUGUGAACAGCAAGUGUGGCCCUGAAGCCAAGGUGAGUCCCGGGAGAGGCAGGUGUCUUUAUUCCCGGGGAAAGCAGGGUACCUGUACCCUGGUUGUCUGGGGUGAGGGCAACCAGUUGCCCACUGAUGAGACUUUGAAGUCCCUUUUUACUUUGUUGUGCUCUUUUUGGGCUUUGCUGUUGGCAUGGCUCGGGAUUGAACCCAGGACCUUGCACGUGCGGUGCAUUGAGUACCACUGGGCCACACCCCAGCUUUGGCAAGUGUUUUCAGCUCCUGCUGACUUUUUCCUAAUUAGCCCAGGCUGGGGUUAGCCCACAACAUGCUAGCAGAUAUGAGUGCCAUCUAGGAAAAGGCCAAAGGAACCACACUGUAGAUGAGGUAGAUUUGAGUUUUAUAUGUGGAAGUAGCUUCCCUGGCUCAUUUUAAUCAGAGAUUGGUAUAAUGUACGUGACAAACUAGUGGGGAAUAAACCCUUAUAUAUUUUUCCAAGGAUGAAUAGCUUUACUGGGUUUUACUUUUAAAUAAUAGAAUGUACACAGUGACAUGGGGUCAGGGUCAGAACUUUACCUGGUGACUUCCAGGUCAUGCUUCCCCACAGCAUGGUAGGAGUGAGCCGGAUCCCUGGGGUGACAGUUGUGUCACCUCUGCCACGGGUAGAUUUAUAUGAUGGCUCUCCCAGGUUAAGAAGCUUGUUAGAGCCAGGCAGUGGUGGCACACAUAUUUCCAGCAGUUGGGUGGCAGAGGCAGGUGGAUCUCCGUGAGUUCAAGGCCAGCCUGGUCUACAGAGUGAGUUCCAGGACAGGCAGAGUUACAUAGUGAGACCCUGUCUUGAAAAGCAAAGAAGCUAAUUAGAGAUGCAUUUUCUGUGGAAUCAUUAAGUCUGGAGAUGAGACCAGCUGUCCCCACACCCCAGGUCCCAGUGUAUGCCAUUGAGGACCCCUGCUGCUACACUGUGGACCUCCAUCUAUGGGAAACAAGCAUUCCUUGCAGUCAUCCCUGCUUUGAUAAUCUUUUGGUAAUCCUAAAAUUUGAUGACAUCACACACUUGGAAACAUCUAAAACAUACUUGUGUAAGAUAACUAGCUAUCCAUAACAGUGAUGCUCUUAUUUCUUGAAGUCUGUUGCUCACAUUUCUUACUGUUGCUCUUGAAGUUGUGUUGCAGCCAUGUAAAAGAAUUCUGUUCUGUAUUAAACAUGAAGUGACAAGA